UACAUAAACAAUUCAACAAAUUUUCUUAUGAUAAUCCUAACUAAGAAAAAUUCAGGGUUGUUUUUCAAUGGAUCCCUAUCAACAAGCCGGCCAACCUUCUUCAACAAAAGUGAAAAGAAAAAUUGUUGAAAAAAAUAGGAGAAAUAAGAUGAAGAGUCUCUAUUCCAAACUCAACUCUCUUCUUCCUAACUAUAAUCCCAAGGAAGCCUUACCACUAGUUGAUCAAGUAGAUGAUGCUAUAAACUAUAUUAAGAGUUUAGAGACAAAUUUGAAAUUGGCGAAGGAGAAGAAAGAAAGUUUAAUGAGAAGCAAGAGAUCGCGUAGUGGUUGUUCGAGUUCUUCUGGAGUAAAAGGAAGCAUAAAAUCACCAAAAAUAGAGAUUCAUGAAAAUGGUUCUUCUCUACAAGUUAUUGUAACAUGUGGGGUUGAUGAUAAGUUCAUUUUCUAUGAAAUUCUAAGAAUACUGCAGGAAGAUCACGUGGAGGUCAUCUCAGCAAAUUCUUCUUCGAUAGGAGAUUCAGUUAUACAUGUUGUGCAUGCAGAGGUAUAAACAUACACGUUUCUAUGGCUAUAAAUUGCUUUUGUGACCACACUGCAAACUUUUAUAUAUUGCGAUAAAACACAUCAAAAUGCGCCCACGAUUGCACUUAAAUUGCACUCAGCAAUUGCAAUUGCAGCCACAAUAUUGUGGAUUGUGGAUGUGUUAACCUUCACAAUUGUAUCCGAACACAAUUACUUUGUGAAUUAAGAUUAUGUUCGGUCGUAUUACAAAUCACAUAACAAAAUUUCACCCAUGUUUUUUAAAGUACUGUCAUCAAAUCUCAAAAUUUCAAAACUUUAAAACUCAAU